GAUUUAACGAUACCUCGUAUGGUGCAUGUUCUCGGAGGAAGGGAGGAAAGGAACGACAUAAAAGUCAACGCAAAUUAUGAAUAUGUCCAGAAUAGGUCAUGGCUGUGUCUGUAUCUUCAGACGGCAUGCUGUAGUAUGGAGGUCACCUCGGUGUGCUAUUCUUCAGCUAGCCAUGAUGACAGGAACGAGAAGAGAUCAAUGCAGGAACAUGUCAAUCUGGUACUUUGCAAAGAAGAGAAUACAGCGUGCAUGGUCUGAACAGGUCAAAAUGGAAUCAUUUGAUACCAUCAAAAAGUUUGGACUUGAGGUUGGUGUGGGCCAUAUGCUAGUAAAAAUGGGAGCCAGAGUCCAGUUUACAAAUGGAAAUUGGUACACCAAGCAGGACAUCAAGAGAGGGUCACUACCACUUGAUGAACUGGAGGGUCAGUCUGUGGUAGCCAUUGAUGCAAUGGACACCGACCUUGACCAGUUUAGCAUGGCCGAUGUUGUCAAAUUAUCUGCAGUAAAAUACCUAAGCCUUGAAGGAUGUGCUAUGGUAGAUGACCACUGCCUUGCCAGCCUUGUCCAUCUAAGAGAUACCCUAACCCAUCUCAAUAUUAACAAUUGUGAGCAAGUUACAGAGAAUGGGAUAGCAACACUCCACAAACUAAGGAAUCUGGAGAGGUUAAACAUGAACAAUAUGCCAAAAGUCAAAUUUGCGCCUCUUGUUGCUGUGAUGCUGGAAGACGUGUUACCACGGUUACGCAUCAGCCUUGUCACCAAACAAGUGGACAAAUAUGUGGAGGAAGCAAGAAAAGGAGCCAAGAUAAUUGAAGAUCAUAGAAGACAAGCUGGCCUUAAUCACAACUUGCAAGAUGAUCUCGGAGAUUUGAGGAAUAGGAUCAAGGAUGGAGAUCAUGCCGAGGAUAGUCCAGUGCACCCUGGGAUUUCAAAUAAAAGAUGAAAAAAUAUAUAUAAGGAAGUGAUCUCAGGAGGAAAUGUGACAUUUUGAUUCGGGUUCUGAUUAAUGAGAAUAACAUAUCAGUGCAAUUGAAGCCUAGUUGCCCUCUAUUUAAAGUGACAGAUGAAUUGCAGUUUUAUGCAAAUCAUCUUCAUAUUGGAGAUGAAUCAGUGAACUAGCCAGAAUUCUGAACAAAUAACUCUCGGCAAUGACUUUGAGUUUCUUUGAAUUAUUUUUCAUUGUACCAAAGGUACUUAUUACCUGUCCGUCUAUCCAGAUUUGUUCU